AUGGCCCAUCGUAGCGAGUCGCUCCACAAGGACGUGUCAUGUAUCGCCGACCUCAAGGCGCUGGGAAGCAGCCAGCUCCCCAAGAUGGUGCGAGACUACUAUAACGAAGGCUCUAUGGACCUCAUAACCCUGCGCGAGAACGAAGCCGCUUUCGACCGCUACAAGAUCCGCCCCCGGGUUCUGAAAAACGUCAAUCAGAUCGACACAAGCACCACAAUACUAGAUACCAAGGUCGCACUCCCCUUCGGAUUUAGUCCCGCGGCAUCUCAGAAACUCGCCCAUCCAGACGGCGAGCUCGCGACUUCCCGCGCGGCCGCCAAACACGGAAUCUGUAUGGGUCUCUCGUCCUAUUCGAACUACUCGCUAGAAGACGUGGCAGUUCAAGGCCUAGGAAAUCCGUAUGCGAUGCAGAUGUGUGUGCUGCGGGACCGGUCACUUACGCUUCAACUGCUCAAGCGCGCGGAGAAAGCAGGAUAUAAAGCUCUGUUUCUGUCCGUCGAUGUCCCUGUUCUCGGCAAGCGUCUGAACGAGUAUCGCAACAAUUACCAGCUCCCAGAAGAUAUGGAGUGGCCGAAUAUUCUCAGCAAUGGCGGAGACACGUCGAACAGAACCGAAUAUGAUCCUAGUCUCGACUGGGAGAGUACCAUCCCAUGGCUUCGAGAACACACCUCCCUCCAGAUUUGGUUGAAAGGAAUUAGCUGUCCGGAAGACAUAGAACUAGCCAUCCAAUACGGCAUCGAUGGCGUCGUCAUAUCCAACCACGGUGGCCGCCAACUAGACGGUAUCCCCGCGACGCUGGACACCUUGAGAGAAUGUGCUCCACUUGCCCGCGGACGUAUUUCUCUCGCCAUUGACGGUGGAAUUCGGCGCGGCUCAGAUAUCUUCAAAGCGUUGGCUUUGGGGGCAGACUAUUGCUUUGUUGGAAGGAUUCCCAUUUGGGGCCUUGCUUAUAAUGGGCAACAGGGCGUAGAGCUAGCAAUUGAGAUUCUACGCCAGGAAUUGAGAAUAACGAUGGCGUUGGCUGGGUGUCGGACUGUUAGCGAAAUUCAGAGAUCUUAUCUGUCUAUCCUGCGUCCAGAUGGUAAACUGUGUAAGUUAUGA